GCCCGGACCGCAUCUGGACGCUCCGGCUCCGGGGCUGCACAAAGCUCAGGUUUCCUUCGGGGGCUGGAGGCGAGAGGGGCUUUUCGGGCCGAGUUCAGCGGAAUUGCGGGAUGGAAGUUAGCGAAUUUGGGCAACUUGCCUCUGCUACCCAAUCGACCUUUGCUCUCCCCCACUCGCACGCCCACACACACGCGCACACCCACGCACACACCCCUCUCCCUAUAAACGAGGGCAGCGGGGCCGGGCAGCGCACGGAGUCCCAGCCUCGCGGAGCGCCGGACUUGGAGUCAGACAGACCUGGCUGCGAAUCCCGGCUCCGCCACUUUCUAGCGCUGUGACCUUGGGCAAGUUACCGAACCUCUCCGAGCCUCUCUCUUCUCGCAGCGGGGUGAUAGCACUGACCACAGGCGGCUUGGCUAGGGGCGCGACAGCUCCAGCUGGCAGCAUCACCUCCCAUCAGUUUAUCCAACUUCUGCCAAGGCUCUGAAAUGCCAACUAUGUCAAGGCCUGCACUCGAUGUCAAGGGUGGCACCUCACCUGUGAAGGAGGAUGCCAACCAAGAGAUGAGCUCUCUGGCCUACUCUAACCUGGGGGUGAAAGAUCGCAAAGCAGUGGCCAUCCUGCACUACCCCGGGGUAGCCUCGAAUGGAACCAAGGCCAGUGGGGCUCCCACUAGUUCCUCGGGAUCUCCAUCUCCAAUAGGCUCUCCUACUGCCACCCCUCCCACUAAACCCCCACCCUUCAACCUGCACCCCGCCCCUCACCUGCUGGCCAGUAUGCAGCUGCAGAAGCUUAACAGCCAGUAUCAUGGGAUGGCCGCCGCCACUCCAGGCCAACCCGGGGAGGCAGGGCCACUGCAAAACUGGGGCUUUGGGGCUCAGGUGGGAGGGGCGGGGUCACUCUCUCCUUCUACCGGUGCCCAGAGCCCUGCUAUCAUCGAUUCAGACCCGGUGGAUGAGGAGGUGCUGAUGUCGCUGGUGGUAGAGCUGGGACUGGACCGAGCCAAUGAGCUUCCGGAGCUGUGGCUGGGGCAGAAUGAGUUUGACUUCACUGCGGACUUUCCAUCUGGCUGCUGAUGCCAACAGUCCCUUAAAGAUGGAGGAAUAAAGCCACCAAUUCUGUUGUAAAUAAAAAUAAAAGUUACUUACAAAGAGA